AUGGUUCGAAAAGGCAGAGGCGACUUUCCUGUAAAGAAGCCAAAUAGACCAUCACCAGUUGCAAAUGUCGGCAAGAUAGGUUCACUCAUGAGAUAUCCUGAUCGAGAUUAUGCAAAUUCAAUAUUACAUGACGCGGUCAAACAACUAGCCCCACUUAUCCACGAAUACAACUUCAAAAUAGGACUACUAUGUGAGAUGUUUCCAAAAAGUGAAAAUCUACUAGGGCUUAAUGUCAACAAAGGACAAAAAAUCAUGCUACGAUUAAGGUACCACCACAACGAGAGACUGUUUUUGCCAAUGAGUGACAUAAUUGGAACAUUCUUGCAUGAGCUAACACAUAAUAUACACGGAAAGCACGAUAAGGACUUCUACGAUUAUCUAUCAAAGUUAGAGAAAAGGUUUGACGAGAUGAGGUACGGAAAUGUGCGUUCGAACUAUAGAUGUGAAGAGAAUAGACUCGGGUUGGGAAGACUACAGGCUGGUGUUGUUGAUGUAAGGGCCAAAAGAAUUGCCACAUUGACUAAGGCUGGAUUUAAAGCGGAGACAAAGAUUUUGGGGCUGGCUUCAAAGAUCGAUAAGCCAAGCAGCCCUCGCGAAGCCAUGUUGGCAGCAGCACUUCAGCGUUUGGAGGACUCAAAGCGCUGCCAUUCAGAUCGUAAUCAACAAAGCGAGGCUCCCGAUGAAAAGGAGUUGGAAAUUGUGGAGCUAGAUGACGAUUUUGAGUCAGGUAGUGACUCUGACGUGGAGGUUAUUUAUGCUGAUGGUAAAGAAGAGAAAGAAGACGGUGAUUCGAACGAUGUUAUUAUAAUUGAUUAG